GAAAAUCAGAUCGAUAGUCCCACAGAAUGCUUCCGUUUGUCCCGGAACCGACCACCAAGUGGACCCUCGCGGCACUCGUGGUUUCCUCCUCCCUGCUCUUGUUGGCCCUGGACGGGGGUCUUCGGGGGAUGCGGCCGCGGACCCUCUCGGUCGCCUUUGUCGGAAACUCCUUCACCUUUGUCAACGACCUGCCCCGGGUUCUGGAAGCCAUGGCCGGCGAGGACACUGUGGGCAGAGCGGAAGCGGGGAUGGAACAGGAUUCCUGCCUGCACGGGGGCCUCUCCGUGACCUCCCUCCUGGAGCGGGGAAACGGGAUGUACGCCUUUUGGGGCAACGGCAAUAGCUACGACGACGAUGGCAACAAAAACAACAACGAAUUCAGCAGCAACGACGACGGCAGUGCGGGUGGGUUCCCCGAUUACGGUGCCUGCACCGUUUCACAGUUGCUUCUGGGCUACGACGAGGCUAUUGUUAGCAACGACGACGACGACGAGAACAACAACUUUGAGGAAUACUACACAAACGAUGGGUUGAAUCCCUGCUUCCGGGACGCCGAUUACCGGGCAUACUCUGCCUCGCUCCGAUCGGCACGAAAGAAUCCAUACGGCAACAAGAACAACAAGAACAACAACAACAACGACGACGACGAAAACGGCGCCACCCCGCCGCGCUGGGACUACGUCGUCAUCAACGACCAGUCGAUGUACCCCGCCGUGGACUCCAAGCGGGCCAAGAGCGCGUCGGCGUUACAGUACGCCUACGCGCCGAUGCUCAACGCCUCCGGGGCGGUCCCGGUCCUCUACCAGACCUGGGCCUACUGGAGGAACGACACCGACACCGUCAUGGACGGCCUCGUGGACGUCCCCACCUUUGCGAAACGCCUGGCGGAGGGCUACGAGUACUACGCGGGGGUCCUCGGAGGGGAGCUCCCGGCCCGCAAGCGGCCGAGGAUCGCGCCCGUGGGAAACGGUAAGGACGACGCGCGUUGGUGGUUGUAUUUGUGGCGAGAAAGAUCGGUGCGGUGCUGUAUCAGCGAAACGAACACUUGGAAAGAGCCACUGCGCCAUCCAAACAUUCCAGGGCUGAAGUAUAAGUUCCUCAUCUACGUUGUUGCUUUGUUAUUUUCUCUAUGUGCAUUCUAUUCGAACCACCCCCGCUAGCAUUCCUUGUCCUCUGGGAGGAAAACAUUUCGUUCUGGAACCGGUUGUUCGGAGAAGACCUGUACCACCCGAGCCCCCACGGGACCUACCUGGCGGCGUGCGUGGUGUACGCCACCAUCUACGGCCGGAUGCCGCCGGCCUCGACCCGGUUCACUACCGAGCUCUUUGCGCGCUCCCGCAGUAUGCAGCUCUCGGGGGAGGAACAGCCGCUGCCCACCGAGGAGGAGGCGCUGUACCUGCGCUGGAUCGCCAAGAGGGUGGCCCUGGAGGGAUUCGUCCCCAGGAGCCUAAGAACGAACCGCACCCGAACCUGAUUUUAUCCCGGUGGGCAGUGCGAUG